GACGUCUCUGGCGCAGCAUCUACGUAUUUAUAACCAUCGAAGUAUCGCGGCAAGUGUUUCGAAAAAAUAAGGGACUUUUCAUGCAGUAAACAUGGUCGUGCCUAGUAUUACUUUCAACGAUGGAAACAAAAUGCCGAUGUUCGGCCUUGGGACAUACUUGUCCAAGCCUGGAGAAGUAGCUGAAGCAGUAAAGUAUGCGAUUGAAGUUGGCUAUCGGCACAUUGACACAGCAUUUUUUUACGAGAACGAAAAAGAAAUUGGCGAGGCCAUUCGUGAAAAGAUAAACGAUGGAACUAUAAAAAGAGAAGACAUUUUUGUGACAACAAAGUUAUGGAACAACAGUCACAAAGAGCAUGAAGUUGUGCCAGCAUGUAAGCUAUCUUUGAAAAACUUGGGCUUGGAUUACAUUGACCUUUAUCUUAUUCAUUGGCCUAUAGCCUUCAAGUCAGGAGAUGCACUGACGCCAAGAGAUGCUUCCGGAAAAAUUGAAUUCGAUGACACAGAUUAUCUUGAAACCUGGCGAGGAAUGGAGAAAUGUAAGGGCCAAAAUCUCGUUCGAAGUAUUGGUGUUAGUAACUUCAAUGCUGAGCAGCUUGCGAGAUUAUUAUCUCAGGCCAAAAUAAAACCAGUCAAUAAUCAGGUUGAAAUUACCCUAAACCUAAAUCAAAAAAGUUUAGUAGAAUUUUGUAAGAAGAAUGAGAUAACAGUUACUGGGUUUUCUCCUUUGGGUAGACCUGGGAAUCGUUAUGGAAUUAAAAACUUGUGGGAUGAACCUAUAAUACAAAGUCUUGCAAAUAAGUACAACAAAACUCCUGCCAACAUUGCCUGCCGAUUCAUCCUGCAAUCUGGAGUUUCUCCGAUACCUAAGUCUGUAACAAAGUCGCGAAUAAAGGAGAACUUUGAUAUUUUUGAUUUUAAUCUAACUCCAGAAGAACUUCAAGAAAUUGAGAAAUUAAACACUGGCUCUAGAGUAGCACCUUUCUCUGAAGGAAAAGAAUCCAAAUACUAUCCAUUUUGAUGGUCUGUAAAUAUUUAAGAAUGUUCUGUAUCCUAAAAAGUAUUUACAUAAUUAGUUACCUUGUACAUAAAUCUGUAUAAAUA